UAGAGAUGUGUUGGUCUGGUGAAGUUAUGAGCUGAUCGUCAUGUUUCCCGGGGUUUUGUACGCGCUGCUGGCGGGGUUUCUCGGUGCCGUCGCGUCCUCGUCCGCCAAACUGUCUCUCGGUACCGAUUAUCUGAAGGGCGUGUGUGAGACGGGACUGCGGACAUGGGGAGAGCAGAGGAAAUUCAGACCAGAGAACGAGACCACCGCCUGUGACUGGUUACACAUCCCGCUCAGACUGCUGUGUGGUGGUCUGCUGUUCACCUGUAACGCUGUGAUGUGGACGUUCCUUGCGAAAGCUCUCCGCAGCUCGUGUUCAUCCACCCGUACCACUGUGACCACCACCGCAUCCAACUUCAUCUCCUCUGCAUUUCUGGGGCAGCUAAUAUUCGGUGAGACGCACAUGGCUCUGUGGUGGGUGGGCAUCUCUCUCACUCUCUUUGGACUUCUGGUGCUACAUCAUGCAUCUCCCAAUCUCACCCAAUCACACGCCAGCAAGAGAGACGACUGAACGCUCACAAACAUGUCAACAUGCAUGCAAAAAUGAUCAGUGACAUUAAUAUUUGGGUCCAACUCCUCUGAGACACACAAACCUCUUAACAGUUUUUUAUUUUCUUGCUUCACUGCAGCAACGUUGCUCUAAUGUUUGAGGUUAAAUAUGAAAAUAGAGAGUUUGAAAUGUUCAUGCAGCUGUUAAAUCUCAGUCCAUAUCCAAAGAGCCAUUUGAAUCGUGAAAUAACUAAUGUUAAUGUGGAAUGGUGGAUUUCACGAAGACCAUGACCGGGUUACAUUUCACCUCAAAACAUAAAAAUAUGAAAAUAUAUUUUGCAUAAGGAAAAUUAUACUUACAGUAUAUUAAUCAUUAAGACCGAGUCAUUUUCAUGACAAUCAAGCACAUUUUCUCGAUUCUCACUGAAUGAUUCUGUGAAAUAAAAUCAGCAUAAAGUACUUAAGUUUCAUGACAAUAAUGUCACAAUCAGUGCUGGGUGUAAUCUGAUUACAAAGUAAUUAGUUACUGUAAUCAAAUGCAAAAAAGUAGUGUAACACAUUACAAUAAUUAUAGUAAUCAGAUUACAUUCACUCUCUUUCAAUUACGUUUUUAAGUACAUUACUUGGGUUACACAUAUUUCUAAAAUAAUAUUAUUUGAUUAGAAUACAUUUAAAACAUGAUUAUAUUUACAUAUCUUUAUGUUUCCGUGAAACAUCGACAACAACAAUGAACAAGGAGUUUUUACAGAAGCAAGGAUAACUAUGUGUAAGUAAUUUGCCCAACACUGGAUUUCCAAUUGUAGUUACAGCUGCUUGAAUUUUCAAUCUGACUAUUUUGAUGUUUCAUGCCCUCGGUGACAUCACUUCCUUUAACUUGUGCCUGAGUUUCCACACUUUCAUGAGCGUUUACAUCACUGUGAGCACAGCGUACGACUUUGAGUUGUGCAAUAAUGACAACAAACCUCUCACAUUGUUUUCUGGAAGAUUUUUUCAUAUAUUAUGCAUGCAAGCAUCAGUGAUGUGAAAGACACUUUCUGUAGCAUAAAUGAAACCAAAACCUGUCCUUUAGCCCGUCGACAGACACUGAAUGAGAAGUUAUCAGGAUAUUGCAGUGUUUGUCUAUAUGUACUGAUGUAGCAUUCUUAAGAAAAUAUGGUCAACUUUAUUUUAUGUUGAAUCUAGGGUGAUAAAACUGCAUUUCUGAUCCUGGUAGCUUUUCUUUGCUAGUCCAAGGUGGCCCUAGCUAGCUUGAAAAUAGAUAGCAUACCAGGUCGAAACCAUCCAGACCAGCUUGGACCGGCUAGAAACCAUUGAUUUCCAGAUUGUUAAGCAGUGAGUGGGCUGAAGGAAGCUGGCUGCUGUGAUGUACUUCCUGUGAAUCUCUUCGAGUUCUUCCUGUGUGCUGGGUCUCGGUGUGUGAGACUCAUAGUGCAGCUAAAUGACUAAUUAAAUCAAGAUGGACUGAUGCAGUGCAUGCAUCGCAUGAGAGUUCAUCCAUAGUGCACAAACACCAAACGCUUCCUCGGUCAAACAUAAUGUGACAUACUAUUCCUGGCAAUGUGACGCUGUAUUUUAGCAGAUAUUUCUGCUUUGGUUUUCUCAUGUCAAUGUUUAAUGUUGAAAGCAUCUGUCCUGUUGUGUUUUAUUGUUGAUAUAAUUGUCAAUAACACAUUGAAAUGAUUUUUAACAGGGGUGUAUUUGACUUGCAAAGAGCAAUUAUUAAAUAAGUGAUCAUUUGAUUUUGAGUACUGUCAAAUCUACAGUUUAACACUCAUUAAACAAAAAUACCGCAGAGUACCACUAUUUACCAAUCACAAUCAAGAAUUCCAUUAAUAUCAAAUGUAUUACUUAUUAAUUUCUUAUUUAAAAUACAGUUAUUGACAUAUUUUCAUCAUUUCUUGACAUGCUUUUAUCAUAUCACAAUAAUUAAAACAAAUCGUUGACCAAAUUUAAGAUUUUGUGAUGCAUCACAUCAUUAAGCAAAGAAUACAAAUAAAAAAUAAAGUUUUUUGCGUCUUUAUAGGGACGCCCCAUUUUAAAGAACCAAUAACCGAUUAAGUGGAAAUAUCGGUUAAAAAUAUCAGUCAAACUGAUUAUUGGUCUAUCUCUAACUCAAUUCAUGUUUACAAUUUCAAGUCUUACAUUAUAAGGACUCCCCAUAUUAAAGAACCGAUAAUCGAUUAAGUGGAAAUAUUGGUUAAAAAUAUUGGUCAAACUGAUUAUCGGUCUAUCUCUAACUCAAUUCAUAUUUAAAAUGUAAAGUCUUGUGUGUCUUACUUUAUAGGGAAACCCCAUAUUAAAGAACCGAUAACCGAUUAAGUGGAAAUAUCGGUUAAAAAUAUUGGUAAAACCGAUUAUUGGUCUAACUCAAUUCAUAUUUAAAAUUUCAAAUCUUGUGUGUCUUACUUUAUAGGGACGCCCCAUAUUAAAGAACCGAUAACUGAUUAAGUGGAAAUAUCGGUUAAAAAUAUUGGUAAAACCGAUUAUUGGUCUAACUCAAUUCAUAUUUAAAAUUUCAAGUCUUGUGUGUCUUACUUUAUAGGGACGCCCCAUAUUAAAGAACCGAUAACUGAUUAAGUGGAAAUAUCGGUUAAAAAUAUUGGUCAAACUGAUUAUCGGUCUAUCUCUAACUCAAUUCAUAUUUAAAAUUUCAAGUCUUGUGUGUCUUACUUUAUAGGGACGCCCCAUAUUAAAGAACCGAUAACCGAUUAAGUGGAAAUAUUGGUUAAAAAUAUUGGUCAAACUGAUUAUCGGUCUAUCUCUAACUCAAUUCAUAUUUAAAAUUUCAAGUCUUGUGUGUCUUACAUUAUAGGGACUCCCCAUGUUAAAGAUCCAAUAACCGAUUAAGUGGAAAUAUUGGUUAAAAAUAUUGGUAAAAUCGAUUAUUGGUCUAACUCAAUUCAUAUUUAAAAUGUAAAGUCUUGUGUGUCUUACUUUAUAGGGACGCCCCAUGUUAAAGAUCCAAUAACCGAUUAAGUGGAAAUAUUGGUUAAAAAUAUUGGUAAAACCGAUUAUUGGUCUAACUCAAUUCAUAUUUACAAUUUCAAGUCUUGUGUGUCUUACUUUAUAGGGAUGCCCCAUAUUAAAGAACCGAUAACCGAUUAAGUGGAAAUAUCGGUUAAAAAUAUCGGUCAAACUGAUUAUCGGUCUAUCUCUAACUCAAUUCAUAUUUACAAUUUCAAGUCUUGGGUGUCUUUAUAGGGACUCCCCAUGUUAAAGAACCGAUAACCGAUUAAGUGGAAAUAUUGGUUAAAAAUAUUGGUCAAACUGAUUAUCGGUCUAUCUCUAACUCAAUUCAUAUUUAAAAUUUCAAGUCUUGUGUGUCUUACAUUAUAGGGA